AUGGUCAUGUACGAAAACGAGAUCCCAGCUGAGGAAGAGCCUCCACGCAUUCGAGCCGAAGAGCUCGAGCAGUACUCUGAUGCGCAGCUCCAAGAAUUUCUCCUGCGCCACGAGCGCUGCGACAGCGGAUAUUUAACUCUUCCGAUCGAUUUAGAGAGUUGGAAAGCCCUCCCCAGUGAUGCAGCGCAGCUUCUUGUGGCAAGGCUUCAGGAGCAGAAGCUAGCUAUAGAGAAUUGUCGUGUAAACCCAGAGGAACUUUUUGCCCGGCUACAACAAAUCCCCCUCGACGACAAUGACCGUGCAGAGCGGACAUCUGAAUCAUCCACUAGGACCACUACUCUACUGGGAUCUGAGUACGAUCGCCGUGGAGGCGAGAAUGAGCGCGCUGACUACCAUCUUCUUCUUGCUGAUGGGGGUCGGCCCUUUUACUCUAUAGAGAAGUUAGACGCCGUGGAGCAGGAUCCCGAUUCACACGACGAUUUGAUAGGCCCAUGGAAGCAUCUCGACUCAUUCUCAGGUGGCUUGUUUCUGUGGGAGGUGUUUCAGCGGCAACUCGACCGGUGGGAGCAGUUCCGCAGGUGGCAGCUGGAGCACCGCAACCAGGAUGCGCAAGCGUACGAGAAGCACAUUGAAAAGCUGAGGACCAAAUACGCGCGUUUCGCUGGUCGCAGCUCGGGGGACGACAGGAAGCUAGCCGGCCUAGAUGAUCCUGAUUCAUAUGAGCGAGAGUAUUUCCAGGCAAAAGACAAAGUGCGUAAGUUGACGCUCCAAUGGCUCAGCCAAGGAGGCCAUCUGUAUACUGGAUUCUCAAAUUAUGCUGAAGAUGUCAGGAGGUGUCUGAGACAGCAUGGAUUCCUUGAUCGCAUUGAUCUGGAUAUGGACCCAAAGAAGCAGGACGAGCUAACUACUUGGGCCGAAUACGUCCACUUCGAAUUCUGGUUGUUGGCCGCGUACGAGAGGGUGCUGGAGAGGGCGACGCCAAAGAUGAGGAGGCAGUGGGAGAAACUCCACGAGCAAGGCAUAUUCGACAAGGAUGAGACGCUCGACGUUGUGCGGUCGGAGGAUUUUAGGAAACAGCUUUGGCGUGAGAAGGAGGCGUCCUUGUUUGUUGUUCAGAGACUUCGAGAUGAGUUUGAGUUUGGCUCAGACUCCACGACAGAGAGGGACCCCAAGACGGAGGAGAGGCUGCGCGCGGCGCAAAAGGGCCAUGAACCCGUCGAGAAGAAAUUUAAAGCUGUUCUCGCUGUCCAGAACAGAGGGCAGUUCCUCAAAUAUGCAGGCUAUCUACAAAGCCAUAAAACUCUGUUCCAAUGGACGUUGGACCAAUUUCGCCAAAUCCAAGCUGGGAUCGGACCUCUCUCAGAGAAAACACCAGUGGACAGUCAGAAGCCGAACGCAGUGGAAGGCGGUGAAGGUAACCUUGAACCCCUCGCCGCCAAAAGUCCAGCAGAUGCUACGACCAAACGCAAGGCCGAUGACGAUGAACCAGUCCAUAGGGCCGCCGACAAGCCCAAGGGAAGGCGAGAUUCCUCGCAGGAAGCGCCGAAUAUCCAGCCCACCCCAGGUAUCUCGGCAGCCGUACAUGGACGCGGCCUGGCAACCCUUCCACAAACCUCGGAAGCGUCAAACGUCACUACCAAAAGGCGAAGAAAAUCGCCCCCCUCUGCAGAAAAUCCGCAAGACUCUGAGAAACCCACAGGGCGGAUCGAUGAGCCGGAUCAUUCAGGCGACACUGGAAGCAUCAUGUGCCAAGGUGCAUCAGCCAGCCAAGACAGCACGGGCGCUACCCAAGGCCCAGUGACAAUGGUAGGAAUGGGACAUGGAACAAGACUUACUGCAAGGGGUGUGGCGGAAACAAAGGCUGCAAGUUCAAGGGAGAGGCCUCACCAUGCCACCGAGGAUGAACGAAGUUCAAGAGAAGUAGAGCCCAUGAAAAUGCUUCAUCAGAGUAGCGCUCGUCGGGAAGACAAGGCGCAGGAAUCAGAAGCAGGUCCAGCCAAGACGCCGAGAAAGCGGAAGAGAGACCCUACGGCUGAAGAGAUUGAGGCCUCUAUUCAGCGGAAAAAAUCUUUGAGGACCUUGGAAAGGAAAAACUACAAAGUCUAG